GACACGGCCAACCAGACCCACUUUGGCGGAACAGGUCAAAAAAACUUUGGGUGCUGUUAGCUAUCGAUACCAAAAAUUGAUGUUCUCACAGCACUCUGCAACCAAAUCCGGCGGACAACUCACAAUCUUGCGCUCGAGCAACAGAGUUUGAUAUUACAUCAAGUUUGCCAAUCGAUUCAUUACAAAGCUCGAAAAUGCCUGCUAGAACAAAGAAGCAGACGGAGUCUGUGGCCGAUGACGCCAGUAUGCAGGAUGCUCCCACGUCGGCUCAGAACGAGAUGGAGCAAGAUGCCGAUAUGGUUGAAAACGACGAGAACACUGAAGAGGAAGAGGAGGAAGAGGUUGUUGAACCCCAAAGAGUUAGAGUUUUGCCCGGAUCAACGGACACUGCCGCUUCAUUUGAAUUUAUCGACGAAGGACACACUCUUGGCAACGCACUUCGCUAUAUUAUUAUGAAGAACCCCGACGUGGAGUUUUGCGCAUACACCAUCCCCCAUCCUUCAGAGUCGAAAAUGAAUGUCAGAAUACAAACAUACGAGGGUCUAGCUGUUGAUGCUUUAAAGAAGGGCCUCAGCGACCUGCAGCAAGUUUGUGACGUUGUUGCUGAAGAGUUUUGGACCAAGAGACAGGCAUUCAACGAAAAGGAAGGCAUUGAGCGAUGAACUUGCAUACAGAGCUCAUAAAAUUACGCAAAAGAAGGAUUCCUGUUGGAUUUAUUUUAGACUUAUGAGUGGUGUUGGCCGACUUUGCGUCAUCAUGCAUGGCAUCGGGGUACAAUUGCUUUAUUUCACGGCGUUUGAUAGGAAGAAUUUGAUGAAAAAAUAUUGUUUUAACCGAACAAUCUAGAGCGAAUAUAUACAUAAGAGAGCCCACGUAGAGUGUCUUUAGUUGCGUCCCUAUUUGAGGAUACGUUAGCAAGGUGUCAAUAUCACGCAGGGUGCCAUAUUGGCAUGCUUACCUCCAAGAAGCCCUCCAUGAAGCUGGAUGGCAGUCUCUUGUCACCGCGGAAGUUCUCGCCCUUGAAAUAGGACAUAAUAUGUGUCGUCUGCUUCCAGAAGUUCAUGGUUUCCUGUAGCUGGUUAGUCCCUCUCUUCGGUACCAAAAAACAGCCGCUGCGUAUGGCUUCGCCGUAGGGCCACAUACCUGGUACUCAGCAUGUGAUUUGAAGAGGAGAACGUCGACAACAGAGAGCUGGUUGACCUGGCGGUUGCGCUCGAAUUCCUGGCGUAUUCUUGUGCGGAUGGCUGCGGCAGGCAGAGGGACGUUAUACAUGGUCUGGAUCUCGGGGGCCUGCAAAAGCGCCUGUUAGCUAAGGUUCGGGGUCGUAAAACGCAUCGAAUCGAGUGUCGAAUUGGCACGAAAGUGAUUUCAAUCGGGUAUCGAGUCUCGUAGAGGCAGAUUGUCGGGAAAAAUACGUACACCACGGAUCCAUUCGCGGUAGGAGGAUAGAACUCGGCGCUUGGCGUCUGUCCAGUUUGCGGCUAUUUAGAGCUCGUUAGCAGGGAAAUUUUCUCGAGGAUGGUAGUCGGUGCUAACACUGGGCCGUCUUCUUAGCGAAUUGGGUCGGUGUGAUGGCCAUUGUGGGCAAUCGAUGCUGCU